GGGCCAAUGUAAAUCGAGACCGACAAAUCUCUACGGAUUUCUCCAGCCGGGACAAAAGACGCACAUCAUGCUGAAGAUUCAGCUCUGUACGGCCGCGAGGGACCCCAAUGUUGAAUUUAGGACACUCUCGUCACACACAUGAUGAUGCGAUGUUCCGUUCUCCGAGUCUCAGUCUGGGUAUCCUGCGUGGGAUGAUGGAUCUUCCCAAUCUCUCACCAACUAUCAUGCCAGGCAUUGCGAUACUCGGUGCAGGCAUAUUUGCCAAAGAAGCCCAUCUCCCCGCCCUUCACAAACUCGGGUCCAAGGCCCCUCCCCUCCUGGCAGUCUACUCUCGCUCCGAGAAAACCUCGCGUGAGUGUGCCGAAGCCGCCGCAGAGCUCGGUCUCGGCCCCGCACCCGCACCUGCGAUCUACCACGACGCCGAGCCGUCCGUCAAUCUCGACGCCUUGCUCGCACGGGCCGACAUAACCGCCGUGAUCAUCGUCCUCCCCAUCACGCUCCAGCCCACCAUCGUUCUCAAGGCCCUCGCGGCGGGCAAGCACGUCAUCAGCGAGAAGCCCGUCGCUCCGGAUGUCGCGCGUGGGAUCAAGCUCAUCAACGAAUACGAGCAAAAGUACAAGCGCGAUCUCGUCUGGCGCGUUGCCGAGAACUUCGAGGCGGAGCCGGGCUACCGUGCUGCGGGCGAGAUGAUCGCGGCUGGCAAGAUCGGUCAGGUGAAGCUCUUCAAGGCCAACGUGAGCAACUACAUCGACAAGAACAACAAGUACUACAACACGCCGUGGCGAACGAUACCUGAUUAUCAAGGUGGCUUCCUGUUGGACGGAGGCGUGCAUACCAUCGCUGCACUGCGCGUGAUGCUCCCGGAACCGCUCACCCAUCUCUCUUCCAUCGCAUCUCUCAAUCGCGAGCACCUCAAGCCGCACGACACGAUCCACGCUCUGGCCAGAGCUGGCUCGCACUUCCACGGCAUCGUCGACAUGUCCUUCGCUUCCCCGACCGCGUCUACGCCGAAAGCCGAUGCUUUCGUGAUCACCGGCUCCAAGGGCUGGAUGACGGUCAAUUUUGAGAAACCCGAUGGCAAAAAUACCGUGUUGCGCGUCGUUGUCAAGCGCGCGAUCGAGGUCGAGGGACAGCCGACAGAAGAAGCCGAGGAGGUCUACGAAGUGCCGCAACGCGGGAUCGAAGAAGAAUUUGGGGCGUUCUUCGACGCGAUCGCUGGCAGAGAAAGCCAAGACUUUGGAAGCCCGCUGGGAGCACUGCGAGACGUGGCGUUCAUCGAAGCGGCACUGACGAGCGAAGGAAAGGUCGUCGAUCUCGGUGCGCUGGUGGCUGGCACACACUGAGGAGCAGGACCUGGAAACGCUCUGGACAAAUAUCAAUGUACGAUCGAGGAGAUGGUCAAGAUAUUGGAAGCAAGUUCAUGAUAAAGCUACAUAAAUUCACAUCGACGACAACAGCACGUAAAGAAUCUCUUCUCGAACCUCUCCUUACUGGAUCACACACUUUCCUCCUCCGGGCUGGAAGUUGGGGUCGGUCAGCUUGGCCAGGCGGGUGUUGAAUUUGGCAUUUCCAGCCUGUCCCUGUGCAUGCAAUCCAUUUUCAGAAGGAUCAAGGUGGAGAGGAGAAUGAAUGGCACCUUGAUGAUGCGUAUUCUGGAUCACCUAAACGUCAAGAAGAUGCGUAAAGAAAAAAAACGCAAUAGAAAGAAGGAAUCAGACAAGGCUGACCAAGCGGAUGGGAGGGAAAGAGAAAUGAAGAUCUAGCGUGUUCGGUCCUUGCUUUCAUCAGCCCGUCAUCUAACUGCGCCAUCUUCCUCACCCGCAUCUGAUGCACUCUGAUGCACUUCAAUCCUCCUUCUGGCGGUAUUUCCACAUCAUCGCUUACCGGGAGUGACUGUCGUCCUCCAUUCAUGAAACAAGUGCAAUGUCUAUCGGAUUGGCGGCGCCCCAUCCCGCCUGGAAGCUCUACGAGGUUAGCCAAACUCCGCGCGAGUCCUGCUUCAGAAUGAAUAGCUGCCUUGCGCACACGGUGCCUCCCCAAUCAUCGAGUGAAGCCCUCUUGCGAUUCCGGGUUCGAAACACAGAGUAAGAUGAGCCUCCCCAAUCCCGGCAUACCUGAGACUUGGAAUUCCGGGAAUUCCGUACCGGCACCGAGUCCCGAAAAGCCGCAUCAAAUUCCAGGAAACGCGCAACGCCCACCGCGAAUUACAGUAAUAGCUUAGAAAUCGUAUUCUGUGCUCCAGCAAUGUUCCAAGGACAUCUGAGGGCCCCCGAUACGCAUAAAUCCCAACUUUGUCACAUAUUCGUGUCAGAAACAGAGAGGAAGCGGCCGCAGGUAUCGAUACACAGAGUCAAGCUAGACUUGGCACCGCAGUUGUGCAAUAUAGGGGAGGAACGCGCUUGGUUUUGUUGUGCUUCUGAUGUGAGGCCUCGUCUCCACUCCGACUGCCGGUCGGUCGAAUCUUCGACAACGAUCUCUCAAGCAACCCUGCGACCAUUAUAGACCAAUGCUUCAAGCAUGGCUCAAUCUCAGCUCCCUUUCUUGCGGCUUCGAGGGCAACUACGACUGGGGAGAGCAAUGCGACACCGUCCUUACAUCUGCGUCGCUAUUCUGGUCGCCCUGGUCUUCUUAGUCUCGCACGUCAGACCAUCUCUCAAUUUCUUUCUCCACACGCUUGGGACGGGGGAGCAGCAGGUCUGGGACGAGCGUGCGCUGCAGGUCAAGGCGGCUUUCUUGCACGCGUAUCAUGGGUAUGAGCUGUUCGCUGAAGGCCACGACGAAUUGGCGCCCUUGUCGAGUGGUCACAAAGAUCCCUUCAGUGGAUGGGGGGUCACCGCCGUCGACUCGCUCGACACGAUGUUGAUCAUGGACCUCGACGCCGAGUUCUCUCGCGCAUCGUCGCGAAUAGCCAAGCUCACGUUCCCAAUGGAGCAGGGAGAAUUCGCUCCGUACUUUGAGACUGUCAUACGGUACCUGGGGGGGUUUCUCAGCGCUUACGCCAUGACAAACGAUCGCAUCUUCCUUGAUCUCGCAGACGAUCUCGCGAUCAGAUUAGAUCCUGCCUUCGGCAACUGGAGCUCUGUUUUUCCCGUGUUCGGUGUCAACACACGCGAUGGACAUGUAACUGGUUCGGAGAUUGGUGGACUGGCUGAGAUGGCUACGAUGCAGGUGGAAUAUAUGUAUCUGGCUAAAGCAACUGGAAAGAAACACUGGUACGAUCGCGCCGCUAGUGUGAUAAGCGCUCUGGCUAGUGCCGAUUUGCGCAGUACUGGUGGAAUGCUGCCUACCAAGUGGAACCUGACCUCGGGUCAACCUUUCGAUUGCGAAUAUAUGUCGGCUCCUCCUGUGGCAUUGCCGAACGGCGGUUCGUACCGAUGUCUGGCUCAUCUGGGUGUAGGUGGCCAGGCAGACAGCACACACGAAUAUCUGCUGAAGCAGUAUCUUCUCACUUCAAAGACGGACAAAGAGAGUCUGAGAAUGUAUCUGCGUACUAGCACUCACAUCCUCGCAAAUCUAUUGUACGUCACUCCAGAGCGAAAUCUGUUGUACGUCACGGACACGACCUCGACCACGGAUGACCAUCCAGGUUGCCCGUCACACAAGAUGGAGCACCUGGCGUGCUUUCUUCCUGGUCUCCUCGCGCUCGGUGCCCACUCCCUCCCACUUGAUGAGCUUGCGAAAGAACUUCCCGAGCUGGGCAAGGACUUCGGCUGGGCGUCGCGGGGAUACAAUAUACUCUCGCAAGAGCCUUCACUGAGAGAGCUCCAUCUCUGGGCCGCCAAAGGAUUGGCCGAAACCUGCUUCAUGAUGUACGCCGACGAAGAGUCGGGCCUCUCGCCAGAACAGCUCAUAUUCCAGGUCAAGGACCGACGUUGGGGCAAACUGCAAAAUGGGUCCUGGGUGGACGGCGGCGGUCGCCGAUGGAUUGAUGAAGUGCAAAACUGGCGUCAUAGGUUGGGCAUGGGAUUGGGACGGUUCAAAUACCGAAGAUUCCCACCUGGAGUCAAGGAGAAGCUCGAGCCUAUCGUCUAUUCCAAGGAUCAGCGUCAGCGAGGAUCUGGGAAGGGUCGGGAUUACAGCAUCAAGCAGACUGCCUACCUACUUCGUCCGGAGACGGUAGAGUCGCUGUACAUUCUAUGGAGAGUCACCGGAGAGCGACGGUGGAGGGAAAUGGGCUGGACAAUCUUCCAGGCAAUCGAGCGUGAAACGCGUACGGCAGCAGGAUAUGCAGCGAUCAAGUCUGCCGAGAUGUCUCCAGCGGUUCAGAUGGAUGACAUGCCAAGCUACUUUCUUGCAGAGACAUUGAAGUAUUUGUAUCUGUUGUUCACCAAAGACGACCUGUUUCCGUUGGACAAAUGGGUUUUCAACACUGAAGCCCACCCUCUGCCCAUAUUCGAGUGGACAGCUGAAGAGAAGCUGAAAUUCGGCAUCAUCUAGCAUUAGGGGAUCUUAGUCAAUGCCAAAAGUACCUAGACAGGAGGAUUUCCAGAUUUUUUUCAAACACGACCAUUUCUA